GCCUCCUUUCAAAAAGAGUAUAAAUCUUACAUUAUAUUUACUCUAUCCCCCACCCUUUCUUCCUUAUUUUAAAAUAAUGUCUAUCCAGCCUAGAGUACCUGUACCUCAAGGGGGUGCUUCACUCAUGUUGGCAUUCCAAAGUCAGCACAAGAACAUUCUCGUCAUUGGCGAUAACUCCAUUGCAGCAAGUCGAGUUUUAUCAUGCCUUGAAGCAGACGCCAAAGUAUACCUUGUUUCCAACCCUGAAUACAUGUGUUCUGAACUUCAAUACCGAGUCGAAAAUAAUCAAGUCACCUUAUUAACACCCGAAUUCAAUCCUGUCAUUCUGGAAAGAUACCAAUUCAGUUUAGGCUUCAUUUGUCAAGCUUCACCAGAGAUUCAAUCCAUUGUAAACAGCUUCCGUCAGCACGCCAUUCCUGUCAACGUAGCUGAUCACAGUGAUCUUUGUGACUUCUUUAUGACUUCUACUUUCAGAGAUCAGUCACUUCAAAUUGCCGUUUCCACUAAUGGACAAGCAUCCAAAUUAUCCAACCGUAUUCGUCGUCACAUCACUUCAAGCCUACCCGCAAGAUUAGGCGAUGCUAUUAAUCGUGUAGGUGUUUUAAGGAAAAAGGUGCGUGCUUCGGAUCCAAGCUCCGCCUCCAGCUCCAGACGUAUGAAAUGGUUGGCUCAAAUUUGUGAAUACUGGAGUAUGGAAAGAUUAGCCCAAUUAUCGGAUCGGGACAUGGAAGAGUUAUUAGAGUCGUAUCAUCAUGAUGAAGGUUAUGAAAGCUUGGAAUCAUCUACAGCUCCUAAAACACAACAACUUACAAGCGAUAAAGUCAAUCACUGGGGAAGUAUUGUGCUGGUCGGUUCGGGUACAGGUGAUCCUGAUUUAUUGACCAUGGCUGCUUACAAGGCUAUCAAAGAGGCUGACUUGGUCUUGUCGGAUAAGAUUGUCCCUGCAGAAGUUGUCGCUCUUGUUGAAUGUGAACUGAAAAUUGCUCGUAAAUUUCCCGGUAACGCUGAUGCUGCUCAAAUCGAGUUUAACGAAAUGGCAUUGAAGGCCAUUAAACAAGGUAAAAAAGUGGUUCGUCUCAAGCAAGGCGAUCCUUAUUUAUUCGGGCGUGGUGGAGAGGAAGUCUUGUUUUUCCGUAAGCAUGGGAUUGUGCCUCGUGUUAUUCCCGGUAUUUCUUCUACUGUCGCUGCAGGUCUGUUGGCAGGUAUUCCCUUAACCCAUCGUGGUGUUGCGUCUCAGUUUUUGGUCACAACCGGCACUGGCGCUAGCAAUUCUUCUGCUCCUUUACCUACAUUUGAUAAACAUCGUACGGAUGUCUUUUUGAUGGCUAUUCAUCGUUUGGAGGCAUUGACAAAGGACUUAAUGGCGACACAACAAUACCCAGAAGACAUCCCUUGUGCUAUUGUAGAAAGAGCAAGCUGUAAAGACCAACGUGUAAUCUGGGGUAACCUCUCGAAUAUUGUGCAAGUUCUGGAAAGUUGCGGUGGAAGUAGGCCACCUGGAUUACUUAUUGUAGGACAUGCUAUCAAUGUUUUGAAGCAUGAAAAUAAGGGCUUGGAAGGUGUUGCUGCCAACUUGAUGACGGCUUCGGGUUUAUCUGAUGAGGUCGUAUUUAAUCAUGAAGCUAAGGUGGAUGAAUCCAACCUUUUACGAUUGCAUGAUCCUGAAUGUGUCUUUUAAACAACCCUUCUCCGUUAAGCACACAUACACCCACACAACACUUAAUACCAACUAUGUACAUAUCUAAAUAGAAAUAAUAUUUAUCAAUCUUAAUAAAGAGCAGGAGGGUAACCUUCCGUUUAAAUCAA